AACAACUUGUGUUAACGAUGGUCGUGCGUUUCUUCCAAAGUCGCUUGGCUGCCCAUGUCAUUGAGCAGCUAGCUUACCAAAGCUAGCUCCAUGUUUGUGACAUAACAAGACAAACGUCUCCCCGAGUGUCAGUAAAGCGAACGCCGGAACAAAAUGAACAUCAACAGUCGUGACAAGCAGUUACAAGCAGCGGUAACGCUUUCAUUUGAGUCAGGCCGGUUAGCAAGCUAACGCCGAGGUCUGAGGCCGAUCCGGUAAAGAUGGACUCUUGUUGGCUAGAAUGUCCUUAGGUUACAUCGAGACGCCGGUGCAGCUAGUGUCCUGAGGAGAUGCCGCUGAGGUUUCGCUCGGUCGUGCCCUACACACUACCCGGAGUCCUCGUAUUGAUUGGUUGGUGGUGGUACACCUCCCGUAAGAAAGAGCGCCUCACCGGCCAUGACAAGCCGCGUGACGCCCCAGCUACCGCGGCCCUGAGGACGGUGGGUAGCAAUGGCGUGUGCGACAAAGGCACCGUCACGCCUACGAACGACACGGAACACCACGUCCUCUGCAGACACUCGACAGUUACCAGUCAAGACGACGGUCAUGAGAACAUCUCCCAGGCUCUUGUUCAGGAUGCAUAUGCAACGUGUUCGCUCGGACAAACUUCCAAAGAUGCGGCGUCCGACGUGGAUAGACCCCCGGUCUCAGCUCUGCCCCCAUAUGAGCGCGGCGACGGUCACAGAAAAGAACACGGCUGUUCGCAGAAAAUCCCUCAACACGCCUUGGCGACAGAGGCGGAGCUCUACAUAAAGAGCGACCUAAGUGCCGUCAAAGAGAUUGCCCCGCCCUGCCGAUCCACCAAAGUUCCGCACUCGGUCCCCGCGUCGGCGUGCCUUUUGGAUAAAGAGAGGCCCGAGCCGGAGGGAGAAGUUGCCGAGAACCACAACGCCGUAAUGACGCAGAAUGACGGCUGUGUGGUCACCCCCGCUAAAGUGCAGGGAGUGACUCCAUCACAGUUUGAUUCCCUCGAUGAUCACGCGUCGCUGCACGACUUCAAUCAACACAUUUUAACCAGCACCCCUACCUCCUCCCCGCUUCUGACCUCGGAUGCCCAGACCGCGUCGUUGACGGAGCGGGAAGUCCCAAAUCAUGGCGCCGAACAGAAUUUGGAGGUUCUGGCAGCCGGACUCAUAACUGAGGUCAUCUCGGCAGCCACCCAGCAGGUCCUCGGUGUCGCCAGCUGCCAGGUUGCGGACCAAGACAAGAAGUGCCACCACCGUGGAUUGUCUGACGCAUCUCAGACACACCACGAGCCUCCACAGGUGGAGGUCAAACGGAGCACGGAGCAAGUGAUGCCCAACGGCUGUUCUGCGGCGUCAGUCUGGGGGUCUGAAGUCAGUGGGUCGGUUCACCAGGCAGACGAUACGCGGGGGGACCCUUUGCCAAAACUGUCCCACCAAGCGGCAACGAGUACACCUCUACCAAGCCUGAACCCCAAAGGUGUGGAAUCGACCACACGGGCCGAAGACUCUGCUUGUAGCACAUGCUACUCCGAGGAUGGCGUCAGCACUGAGGACCAGCAGCUCUUUGACAAGAAGCGGGACAUCUUCCAGGUUAGAGACUUAUCCGAAAAAGAAGACGCACUGCCCCAAUCGCUGGUUGAGACCGCCACAGAGGCCAUGAUUUUGGCUUUGACUGAAGAAGAUUCAGUGAAUGUAAAUAGACCUGACGGAAUGGACUUGAGGAAUGGCGCUCACGGUGCGUGCGAAGUGGAAACAGACCAGUCUGGAGGCUCCGAUGUGAACAGCAUGGACUCGGGUGACAGCGGCUGCACGAUGGGCGCUGGGGAAGGUCACAGAAGCCAAGCGUCCUCCUCGAGCUCGGACCUUGUCUUCUGGGAGAUAGAAGUUCCAAAGCUUCUUGUCGGCCGCUUAAUUGGCAAGCAAGGAAGAUAUGUGAGUUUCCUGAAGCAGACCUCGGGAGCAAAGAUCUACAUCUCAACUUUGCCUUACACCCAGGAGUUCCAAAUAUGCCACAUCGAAGGUAUGCAGCAGCAAGUUGACAAAGCUCUCUCUCUGAUUGGGAAGAAGUUUAAAGAUCUGGAUUUGACCAACCUUUAUGUACCUCCGCAACCCCCCCUCACGUUGCCGUCGCUCCCCAUGACUUCCUGGCUUCUUCUGCCCAGCGGCGUGACCGUGGAAGUGAUCGUGGUGAACAUCGUGUCAGCCGGGCACGUCUUUGUCCAACAGCACACUCAUCCCACUUACCACGCCUUGAGAAGCCUGGACCAGCAGAUGUUCCUGUGCUACUCCCAGCCGGGCACGCCCACCCUUCCGUCGCCGGCUGAAGUUGGAGUCAUAUGUGCUGCUCCGGCAGUGGAAGGAGCCUGGUGGAGAGCUCAGGUCAUCACUUUCUACAAAGAAUCAAACGAGGUGGAAAUAAGAUAUGUUGAUUAUGGCGGCUACGACCGCGUCAACAUUGAUUCACUACGGCAAAUACGAUCUGAUUUUGUAACGCUACCGUUUCAAGGGGCCGAAGUACUACUUGACAACAUAGCGCCCCUACCAGGAGAGGAUCGUUUCUCGUCUGAGGCCACGUCAACGCUAGAAGAGAUGACACGAGGUGUUUCAUUGCUUGCGCAGGUCUCAAACUACGAUAGCAACACAGGUCUCCCACUGGUUCAUCUGUGGAACAUAAUGGGGGAGGAGGUCAUUUCAAUUAACCGCUCGCUGGCAGAGAGGGGCCUGGGGGUCUGGGUGGAUGGAUUUUGAACCGUGGCGUUCAAAGACACAUCACUGGAUGAAGAGUGUUUAGUUUUGUUUUGUUUUUUUUUGGUCCUGUUGUUCCUUUUUCGUUUAAAAAAAAAAAAGAUGAAAUAAAAAUAGUUUUCAGGCAUACACAAACCACUGGUUCACAAUUAGAUCAUUUAAAUGACAUUUUUGGUAUAGGAUGUAAGUGAAUAAAGGUUCAACUCCUAUGUUUUUUCUCCAACACACACUGGGUCUUAGCACACUGUCUAAAAAAAAAAAAUCAAACCUGUGUAGACACUGAACUAGAACUUCACUCAGAACAUUUAUUUCGGUUCUAAGAACUCUUUAAGAAAGAAAAAAAGUUGCCAUGAGCCAUUUAGCGGAAGGACAUGUCAUUGCUCUAUCGAGGCCUAACAAGGCUAUAUUAGUUACCCGAGGUGUGGACUUGACUUCACAAUAUCAUCAAAGACUUGCGACUCGACUUGGAUUUUGCGUUGAGUAAAGUGUCUAAUUCACUUUUUCCGGGAUGGUAACAGAAUUUGGAUUUAGCUUUCAAGAAGCGUUUCAAGAGUAGAAGCUGAGGGCCGAGUUGGUUACUUGCAGUUUUCUAUGCAACCACUCGGGGGCAGUGUUUUGCUUAGAGUCGCUUUCCAGCGAUUUUUGUUUCCUGUGGAGGAUAACACAACGGCGUAACUUUGAAAUAGUAAAGCAUCACCAGUUACUGAAGAGCAUUUUAACGCCAUUAGUCCCAACGUGGAUUAUUUCCUCCUCCAUCCUUAUCCAAGCGUUUUACUCACAAGGCCAUAUGUGGACUACGUAUGUAUGGAAAAUACGAUAAACUGGUGUGAUUUGCUGAUCAAGAUCCUCAAUGGUGACCCAAAGGGAAACAAAGCUCCUAGACCAGGGGGGGGGGCAAACUUUUUGACUCG